GAGGGGGGCAAUGCCAUGGCUGGGGUGGUUUAAAGGGGUCCAGGGAGCUGCUGGUGCCACUCACGGGUGGGCCCUGGGGUUGGGGUGUCUGUGUGGAGUGGGGAGGUGUCAGGUUCAACCCCUGCCUCUGUUCGUGUUUGUGUGCCACCCGUGGGGGUGUGUCACCCGUGGGGGUGUGUGUCACCCGUGGGGGUGUGUCACCUCUGUGGGGGUGUGUCACCUCUGUGGGUGUGCACAGGGGUCGGGAGGGCCUGUGCUCUUACAGGUGUGUGUGCCCGGGCACCUGUGUGUGGCUCUGUGCUCACCCACGUGGGGGCACGUUCAGGUGUUCGUGCCUCUGUGCACACCUGUGCUCUGUGUGCGUGUCUGUGCACAGCCCUGUCCGGUCAUACCCCUGUGUCCACUCACAGUUACUGUCCACUCACAUCCCCGUGUCCGGUCACCCCUCCGUGUCCGGUCACACGUGGAGCCCAGCGAGGGGCGUGGCCAUGGCGAUUAGGGGCGUGGUCCUGCUCAGGAAGGGGCGUGACCUGGUAAUAAAGGGCGUGGUCGGCUCAAUGAGGGGGCGUGGCCGAGAGGGGCUGAGGCCCCAGUGCCGCUGCGGCCGUUGCCGAGGCGCCAGCCAAUGGGCGGGCAACUUGCUGGGAGGUGGCAACCAAUGGCCGCGCGCGUUGCUGUUGCCGGGCGGCCCGUACCGGCCGUCCCGCGGCCGUCCCGGGGCGAUGCCGGUCCCGGCCCUGCCGGGCCAUGGAGAUCCGCUGCGGGGGUCUCCUCUUCAGCUCCCGCUUCGACUCGGGGAAUCUGGCACACGUAGAACAGGUGCGCCCUACAGAGCCGGGGGGCGGCCCCGCCGCCCGCGCCAACGCUCUCCCCGCCGCCGACUACGAGUUCAACGUGUGGACGCGGCCCGACUGCGCCCACACUGAGUAUGAGAACGGCAACAGGUCCUGGUUCUACUUCAGCGUGCGGGGGGGGGCCCCGGGCAAGCUGAUCAAGCUGCACAUUCUGAACAUGAACAAGCAGAGCCGGCUGUACGCGCAGGGCAUGACCCCCUUCGUGCGCACGCUGCCCGUGCGCCCGCGCUGGGAGCGCAUCCGGCAGCGCCCCAUCUUCCAGGUGGUGGAGACGCAGUUUGUGCUGUCCUUUGUGCACCGUUUCCUGGAGCACCGUGGGGCCACCACCUACUUUGCCUUCUGCUACCCCUUCUCCUACACUGAGUGCCAGGACAUGCUGGCACAGCUGGAUGGCCGCUUCCAGGACUGCAGGCACAUGUCCCCCAGCAGCCCCCUGGACUCGGUCUAUUACCACCGGGAGCUGCUGUGCCACUCUCUGGACAAGCUGCGUGUGGACCUGCUGACCAUCACCUCGUGCCAUGGCAUGCAGGAGAAGCGGGAGCCCCGGCUGGACAAGCUUUUCCCAGACACCAGCACACCCCGGCCUCACUGCUUCACUGGAAAGAGGGUGUUUUUCCUCAGCAGCAGAGUCCACCCAGGAGAAACCCCCUCCAGCUUCGUCUUCAACGGCUUCCUGGACUUCAUCCUGCGGGAGGAGGACCCCCGUGCCCAGAUGCUGCGGCGGAUGUUCGUGUUCAAGCUGAUCCCCAUGCUGAACCCCGACGGGGUGCUGCGGGGCCACUACCGGACCGACUCGCGCGGGGUGAACCUGAACCGGCAGUACCUGCACCCCGACGCCGAGCUGCACCCCGCCGUGUACGGGGCCAAGGCCAUCCUGCUCUACCACCACAUCCACAGCCGCGUCCUGCCCGGCUCUCCGGACUGGAGGACGUUUGUCUCCCCUCUCAGCACCAGCUCGCUGAGCAUAAAAUCUCCCAACUGUCCCAUGCCAGCCGCAGAGGCUGCGUUAUCAGAGCUGGACAAAACCAACAACCUCCGCAACUCCCCCGGCACCUGGCGUGCCAGCUCCCGCUCCUGCCUGCCUGGCACCGGCCCCAGGACGCUGGCCCAGGAUGCCCAGCAGUCAGACAGCACAGAGCGAGCCGCCUGGAUCCUGCCAUCGAGCCACAGCAGCGAGCACUGUGAGCAGGGGCCGUGGCCGCCCGCCCCAGCCCCCGUCCCCGAAGCUGCCGAGCCCACCGAGCCCAUCGCGCCCCGGGACAGUGGCCUCGCCUACUACGUGGACCUGCACGGCCACGCCUCCAAGCGCGGCUGCUUCAUGUACGGCAACAGCUUCAGCGACGAGAACGACCAGGUGGAGAACAUGCUGUUCCCCAAGCUCAUCUCCCUGAACUCCCCUCACUUUGACUUCACGGGCUGCAACUUCUCGGAGAAGAACAUGUACGCGCGGGACAAGCGGGACGGGCAGUCCAAGGAGGGCAGCGGGCGCGUGGCCGUCUACAAGGCCCUGGGCAUCAUCCACAGCUACACCCUGGAGUGCAACUACAACACGGGGCGCUCUGUGAACAGCAUCCCGGGGGCCUGCCACGACAACGGCCGUGCCAGCCCCCCGCCGCCGCCCGCCUUCCCCUCCCGCUACACCGUGGAGCUCUUCGAGCAGGUGGGCCGGGCGGUGGCGGUGGCAGCCCUGGACAUGGCCGAGUGCAACCCCUGGCCGCGGAUCGUGCUCUCGGAGCACACCUGCCUGGGCAACCUGCGUGCCUGGAUGCUGAAGCACGUGCGGGGGCUGCGCGGCACCGGCGGGGGCCCGCGGAGGAGAGGAGGUGCCAGGACCCCCCCCAGGAGCUCCACUGGGCUGCCCACCUCGGCCUCUGACAACGCACUGCCCCGUGCCAGGAGCUUCAGCAACGGCGCCGGUGGGAGCGGGGGCAGCCAGCAGGAGUCCCCCCGGAUCCGAGCCUCCCCCAGCUUCACCUUGGGCAGCCCCAGGCCCCCGGCCGCGGCCUCCCAGAGCCCCGGGGAUGGCGGCAGCAGCCCGGCCCUGGGCAGAGGGACUGUGCCCAAGGGCACCCGGGCAGCGCUGAGCACCAGCGACGAACCACGGGAGGCCCAGCGAGGCGUGCAGGAGCUGCGGGACACGGCACCUCUGCAGGUACCAGGGGCACCAGCAGGGCCUGUGCCCCAUGGCUCUGCUGGGUGGGCCCUCUGGGGGGCUGCCCCACAGACUGGGAGCCUCCCAACCUGUGGGGCUCUGCCAGGUAUUUCUGUCCCACACAUCUUUCCCCAAGACAAAGGGGGACAAAGACCUGGCACUGAUCCUCUUCCCUCCUCUCCACAGGUGCUCCCAAUGAAGCUGAAUGCCCGGAGAGCCCAAGAAAGGCCUGGGGCUCUGCCCGGAGGCCCCCGUGCCCCCCACGAGGGUGCUGAGCACCGAGAGACCCUUCCCGUGCUGGGGCAGAGGCCCGUGCCCCGAGCUCCGGCCCCGCCGUACCGGGCAGCCACGGCACCGGCAGGGCUGCUCCGGCCCUGCUCCGCCCCGUGCCUGCAGCGCCUGGGCAGGGGCGCGGCCGCCCCGCUGUCGCUGCCUGCGCCGGUGUCCCCCUCCGGGGCACCGCAGCACCGAUCCCCGCUGGCCCGGCUGCUGCCCACGGCGCCGCUCCUCCUGCGCUGAGCCCCGCCCGACCCCGCUCCUCCCGCGGGCCCGGCCCACGGGG